AAGCGAACUGUCACGUUUUUCCAGCACAUUCCCGUUGCCGCGGUAUUUACAGGAAUUGCACCUGAUAUUUCUGAUGUAAUACCAUUUUAUUGUGGUUGCUAAACGACGCUUGUGGUUUUCUGGAACGUUAAAUUUAUCCACUAGCUAUGAUGCAGAUACUCCGGACUCCACUUCAAACCACCAUCAAACAUUUUGCGCGAUGCGUACGGCCGGCAACCUGUGUGGUCGGUAAUAUCGAACAUAGAGCAUAUUGUUCAACCGUGUUUACUUCUCGUGCCGCUUGGAUACGGUUCAGUAACAAUGGAAGUACGGUUCCAACAUCUCAGAGCUGGCUUAUGGCUUCUAGAAAUUUCUGCAGCAAAAAUGAUUCGAGUUCCGAAGAUCCAGUAGAACCCCCGGCAGAAUCUGUGAAUUAUACAAAUCAACUUCCCGCAACAGUCGCAAUACCUGAAGUUUGGCCACACCUGCCCGUAAUAGCAACGAAACGAAAUCCCGUUUUUCCACGGUUCAUGAAAAUUCUUGAGGUGACCAAUCCGAUGCUGAUAGAUCUCAUACGUAGAAAAGUGAAACUGAACCAACCGUACGUUGGUAUUUUUCUGAAAAGAGACGAUGAUAACCCGAAUGAGGUGAUGGAAACGACGAAGGAGGUGUAUGACAUCGGAACAUUCGCCCAAAUCCAGGAAAUGCAAGAUCUUGGGGACCGUUUGCGGCUGGUGGUAACAGCACAUCGUCGUAUAAAGAUUGUUGGUCAACUGUACGAGGAUCUUGAUGCGCCAGCACCAGCUGGUAAGGAAAUGACAAUAAAAUAUCCGUACUUUAACACGCAAAUCGCCGUCUCGGUAGACGAACCGGAUGCGGAAAAGCGUCGUCGAAAGCACAAACUACGAAAUAAGCAAAUGCGCAAUGCCAACAACGACCACUCGGCAGACGGAGCUCCAUUAGAGGAAGCUCCAAAGCGACGAUUGCUUAAAGAAGGUGAGCAGCAACCGUUGCUUAUGGUAGAGGUGGAGAACGUGAAACACGAGAGUUUCAAAAACACGGAAGAAGUUAAAGCACUUACCCAGGAGGUGAUAAAAACUAUUCGUGACAUCAUAACUAUGAACCCGUUAUAUCGCGAAAGUCUGCAACAAAUGCUACACCAAAAUCAACGAGUUGUUGACAACCCAGUAUAUCUGUGUGAUUUGGGUGCUUCUUUAUCAGCUGCCGAACCAGCAGAAUUGCAGGAAAUAUUAGAAGAGAUGGACAUACCUAAGCGAUUAAUGCUCUCGUUGUCACUGUUGAAAAAAGAGCUCGAGCUUUCGAAGUUGCAGGCAAAAAUUGGACGUGAAGUGGAGGAAAAGGUGAAACAGCAACAUCGUAAGUAUAUACUGCAAGAACAGUUGAAAGUAAUAAAGAAGGAGCUAGGAAUCGAAAAGGAUGAUAAGGAUGCUAUUGGAGAAAAAUAUCGAGAGCGCAUCAAAGACAAGGUGGUUCCGAAAGCUGUUGCGGAUGUUAUCGAGGAGGAACUUACCAAGUUGAACUUCUUAGAAAGUCACAGUUCCGAGUUUAAUGUGACACGGAACUAUUUGGAUUGGUUAACCACAUUGCCAUGGGGUGUGAUGAGCGAAGAAAACUUGGACAUUGAUCAAGCUAACAAAAUAUUGGACGAAGAUCAUUACGGAAUGGAUGACAUCAAGAAGCGCAUUUUAGAGUUUAUAGCAGUUAGUCAGCUGAAAGGCACUACGCAGGGUAAAAUCUUGUGUUUCUACGGACCUCCUGGCGUGGGCAAAACCAGCAUAGCACGUUCGAUUGCGAAGGCGCUUAAUAGAGAAUACUUUCGGUUCAGUGUGGGCGGAAUGACGGAUGUGGCGGAAAUCAAGGGCCAUCGGCGAACGUACGUUGGUGCAAUGCCGGGCAAGUUGAUACAGUGUUUAAAAAAGACGAAGACUGAAAAUCCGCUUGUUUUGAUCGAUGAAGUCGAUAAGAUUGGAAGAGGCUAUCAAGGCGAUCCAAGUUCUGCGCUAUUGGAGUUGCUUGACCCCGAGCAGAAUGUAAAUUUCCUUGACCACUAUUUGGAUGUGCCAGUGGAUCUUUCAAAAGUGUUAUUCAUCUGCACAGCGAAUGUGAUCGAUACAAUUCCCGAACCGUUACGCGAUCGUAUGGAAAUGAUCGACAUGUCGGGCUAUGUGGCGGAAGAGAAAGUGGCGAUUGCCAAACAGUACCUCAUUCCUCAAGCCAAACGUGACAGUGGAGUUGAAGAUAAACAUAUCGCGAUAACGGACGAUGCAUUGAAUGCAUUGAUCAAAUGCUACUGUCGCGAAUCAGGUGUACGUAAUUUACAGAAGCAAAUCGAAAAGAUUGUUCGAAAAGUGGCAUUCAAGGUUGUACGGAAGGAGACCGAAUUCAUGGAAGUAUCCGCUACGAAUCUCAGCGAUUUGCUAGGCAAACCGAUAUUUACCCAUGACCGAAUGUACGAAACAACUCCACCCGGUGUGGUAAUGGGUCUUGCGUGGACAGCAAUGGGCGGUUCUGCAUUGUAUAUUGAAACGGCCAAGCGCAAAUUAUUGGAAGCAGCUGGGGAUGUAAAACAAUCUCCGGGUGAUGGUACGCUAGAACUAACUGGUCAUUUGGGAGAUGUGAUGAAGGAAUCCGCACGGAUAUCACUAACUGUGGCACGAAACUUUAUAAAACAAUCUGAUCCCUCUAAUAACUUCUUGGAAUCCAGUCACAUACACCUGCACGUCCCGGAAGGUGCCACACCGAAGGAUGGUCCUAGUGCGGGUGUGACGAUCGUUACUGCAUUGCUUUCGCUAGCCAAGAGUCAACCGAUUCGGCAGAAUGUCGCAAUGACUGGGGAAGUUUCGCUGAUGGGAAAAGUUUUACCCGUUGGAGGAAUCAAAGAGAAGACGAUAGCGGCCAAAAGGAGCGGUGUGAACUGCAUCAUUUUGCCGGAGGAAAAUAAAAAAGACUUCACCGAUUUGGCCACCUUCAUUACGGAAGGGUUAGAGGUCCAUUAUGCUAGCACCUACGCAGAUGUAUACCGUAUUGUGUUCCCUGAAGCUUAGAAUUAAUAUUUCAUUGUUAAAGUGUUACGAAUAGCUAGUAGUAAUUGGAAGCGAAUAAGAAGCCGAGCAGCAGAAUAUUAAAUAAAUGAACAAGCAUAACACGUUGUUUUACGCUAA